AAAUGAAAAAUGUUUUGAACUUGGGUGACAAGACAAGUAAGAAAUCAUCGAUCAUUAUAAAUACCAAACCAACCUCAAAACCGUGAUGUGAUUUGAUGUGAUUCUAACUCAACUUUUACUCACACACAACACUGUAUCUUUUCAUCGCUCGUGCGUCGUGACUCACUGAGUCAAAUCUGAAAUAACUUCCGAUUCACACAAUGCUGCUUCAUUUCGACACUUUCUUCUUCCACCGUCUUCCUACCUGAGUUUCUUCGUUCUUCUUUCACUCUCUGGUAACCGGACUCCGGCUUCCCAGAAAUUUCUUGUUACUAAAUUUUGUGGUAGCAUUAAAUUUAAACACUGUCGCGAUGUAAGAAUAUCUGGUAUUAUCAAUAUCAAUUCAAGGAGACAUUUAAUUUUUUUUUAAAACAAAGGAGACAUUUGAUUUGAUCAGCGGAUCUUCAUUUCGCUAGAAGUUUCAUUUUCCAGAAGUCUUGGUUUGAUUCUGAACCUUGAUUUUUGGAAAGAAACUGCAUUACAUAUUUUAGGUUUAUGAUUCUUGUUUACUGCUUAGGGUCAGGCAUGAGUUACUUUUGCAAUGAGAGUGAAAGUCGGUCAAAGUAAAAAUAUAGAGGGGGGAGAUUAGUUGAGGGUACUGAUUUUGUGAUGGGAAUGUUUUGAUUUUAGUAUUGAUGGUAGGGUUCAUAGCUUGUUUAUUUUUGAGCCAGCAAGAUUUUGAACCUGUAAAUUGAGAAUGGCUUGUUUGACACUUGGUCCGAUGCAUGAACAGGGUGAAUUUACCAGUUGUUUUAGUCCUCAUAUGAGGGUCUCUAUUUUGAUUUACCUAACUGUUGGUGGAUCUGUGAUCCCCAUGCAUAUUAUGGAGACGGAUUCUAUUGCUUCGGUGAAGCUGAGAAUUCAAACCUUCAAAGGAUUUUUUGUAAAGAAACGGAAACUGGUUUUUGAAGGGAAGGAAUUGGCUCAUAACAAAUCUUGUUUUCGAGAUUAUGGUGUUGCUGAUGGAAAUGUGUUCCACCUAAUGCUAAGGCUUUCUGAUCUUAAAGCUAUUACUGUUAGGACUUUAUGUGGUCAGGAAUUUGGGUUUUAUGUCGAGAAGACUAGGAAUGUGGGUUAUGUGAAGCAGCAGAUUGCAAGGAAAGGGCAAGGGUUCUUUCAUAUUGAAGAUCAAGAAUUGGUAUGGGAGGGUGAGGCACUUGAAGAUCAGAGACUUAUUGAGGACAUCUGUAAGGACAAUGAUGCUGUGAUUCAUUUGUUGGUCAGGAUAUCAGAUACCAAGGUAAGAACUAAACCAGUUGAGAAGGAUUUGGAAUUAUCAAUUGGGGCAUCAUUCACACAUGAUACGGUGCCAAAUUUAGCUGCAGACCAGUUAGGGCCAGUGUCUAUAACAAAUAAGGUCCUGAAAAGGUGCCUUUUGGCUAAAGAAUUUCUUUUGGAACCAAUUUUUAAGAAUUCCAAUAUCAAAAUUCCACCAGUGAUCCAGGAACUAAUUAAGGUUACAUUAGAGGGGUUAGAGAAAGGUCGCAAGCCAAUUCAAUCUUCAGAGGGGUCAGGAGGAGCUUAUCUCAUGCAAGAUUCUUCUGGCUUAAAGUAUGUUUCAGUUUUCAAGCCUAUUGAUGAGGAGCCAAUGGCAAUUAAUAAUCCUCGGGGAUUACCUAUCUCUGUCGACGGUGAAGGGUUAAAGAAAGGCACUCAAGUAGGCCAAGGUGCGUUGAGAGAAGUUGCAGCUUACAUUUUAGACCAUCCUAGGAAAGGACGCCGAACAUAUAAUAACAAUGAGGAGUUGGGAUUCGCGGGAGUUCCACCUACUGUUAUGGUCAAAUGCAUGAAUGAAGGGUUCCAUCAUCCUGAAGGUUAUAAGAAUGGUUCAAGUGAUGUUAAGAUAGGAUCGCUUCAGACGUUUAUGAGGAACAUUGGAAGCUGUGAAGACAUGGGCCCUAGUGCAUUUCCGGUGGAAGAGGUGCACAAGAUCUCUGUUCUGGAUAUGAGAUUGGUAAAUGCAGAUAGACAUGCUGGGAACAUAUUGGUUGCCAAGGAUGGCGAAGGUGGUCCAACUGUCCUUAUUCCUAUUGAUCAUGGCUAUUGCCUACCGAAGAAUUUUGAAGACUGCACUUUUGACUGGUUAUACUGGCCACAAGCUAAAGAACCUUACUCCCCAGACACCAUUGAGUACAUAAAAUCUCUGAAUGCAGAAGAAGAUAUUAAGCUUUUGAAGUCUCAUGGAUGGGAACUUCCUCCUGAAUGUGCCCGCAUCCUACAUAUAUCAACAAUGCUUCUUCAGAAAGGUGCAGAGAAAGGACUCACUCCUUUCACCAUUGGAAGCAUCAUGUGUAGAGAAACAUUAAACAAAAAUUCUACCAUUGAGCAGAUUGUUCAGAAAGCGGAUGAAGCUGCACUUCCUGGAACAAGUGAAUCCGCAUUCCUUGAUCUUGUUUCAGUGUUCUUGGAUAAUCAUUUAGAAGAGCUAUUCCCAUGACUGAAUUGUAAUGCACAUGCUACAUUUAAUAAGAUACUGGUGUAAAGUGAUGGUGCUCGAUUCGUCUUCAAGGUAUAUCCCACAAUCUACUAUGAUGGAGUUAAGUUCUUGCAAGUUGCAACCACCAAUCAAGAAUUUGAUGUUUGUGUUGCUAUGUAGACUUUUGUGUUUUUUAUACUACAUCUCUGGUUGUAUGGAAUGGAACUAUAUUUGUAUAUUGACAAGGAAUGAUUAUGGAAUUUCUGUGCACUAUCAUUCAACUGAUUUGUGCUUCUUGAACCAAUAUUUGAAAUAUUGAUAAAUAAAAUUUUCCAUUCCAUGUUCUGUCCA